UAUGGCCCCAGCUUUCUUGAAUUAUGUUCUCCUGAUCAGCUUCUUUCAAGAAAAGUAUGGGUUGUUAUCGUACCAACUGAUUCUCGAAACCCUUUGAAGUUGGAGUUAGUUGUGUAUGCUAGUCUUCAGGAUGCACAACCCAGGAUGGUGAUGCCUUUGUGGAAAGCAAACUUGAAGGAGCCGAAAUCAGAUCAGUCUGAUGCUUCAGUGAUGAUUGUUUGUAACUCCUCAAGGCUCAAGAAGCAGAGAAAAAGGGGAUACAUUUCUCACGCUAGGAGUUGGGCUCAAGUCGAUAGGCAAAUGCGACUUAAGCUGGCAGCAGCAACCAAGGGCGACAUAAAACAGCUGAACUCGUUUUGUGAGGCAUGUAAAGGAACUCCACAGCCAAUGAAUCCUCCAAUUUUUCUGAAAACAACUGAAAAUAUCAUUUCCAAUGAGCUUACGCCAUCAGUUCCUCUACCGAGAGCCGUAACGGUGGAAACAGAAGACGGUUCUGUUCACUAUCCAUCAUUCUCGAGUGCAGACUAUGAGAGUAAAGGAAGUGGUGAAGGAUCUGGAGUGUGUGUGAUUUGUGAGGAUGCGUCAUCGGAAGCAGCAUGUGUGCCAUGCGGACAUGUUGCUGGAUGCGUUUCUUGCUUGAAAGAGAUCAAAAACAAGAAAUGUCCUAUAUGUCGUGCCAGCAUUGAUCAGGUCAUUAAGUUAUAUCAUGUUUGAACAGAGAAAAAAGAAAGACAAAACUAAUCAUCUUAUCUCCUCUAUGGCUCGAAGAUUCUCACCAUUCAUGUCCGCACCGGCUUCGUUUACGACUCAGUUAUCUAUUUUCUUUAUCUUUUUUUCUUCCAAUUUUAUGUUUGGUUUUGUUAAUCUUGGGCUUUUAUUAUGUUUGAACGUCUGGGUUUCAUUAGAUGGUUUUUGUUUCCUAUAUACUCUCUCCCUUUCAAAUUAUAUAGAAGAUAAUCAUUUUGCUAUAAUUCAAGUGUUGUCUAUUUUAUUUGGGUUGAAAUGGACAAAAAAAGAAUGUGAAUCAUGACAACUUUAUAAGAAGUGGUGAAGGAAAAACUUAUAAAGUUUUCUAAAAGUAGUUUAAAAAAAGGUGAACAACAAAAAAAAAAUUUCAAAAAUAGUUUUUAAAUUGAAGAUUUCCAAGGUUUUAAAAAAUUGAUUGACAAAAUUUGGUUUUGAUGAAAAUUUACAAAAUUAUAAAGCCUCUACAACCUACACAACAAUCGUGGGUCUGUAUAUCCAAAUAACAAAAUCUGCGAAUGGUGUCCAAGGAACGACGAGGAAUAAUGCAUUCCCUAACAUUUCUAAAAAAAAUUAUUAUUCACAAGGAAUAAUAUUUCCUUCUCAUUUCCUACCAUUCUUCUUUUUUUUUACAGAAAUAAAAAAUAAAAUUAUUUCUUGUUAAAUAUGAAAUUGAACAACCAUUCAUUUUUAUUCCUGCAAUUUUAUUUUUUUACGUUCAUUUCUUAUUCGUUGCUCUUCUUUUCAGAAUGGUCACCAGUCAAAACAGUCUAAACAAAAAAUAUUAUAGACAUCUAUAAAUAUUAAAUAUUUAUACAUACAUAAAAUCAAUUAUACUGAUAAUUCAAAAAUUUAUAAUAACAAUUACUAACUAAAUUAAUUUUUUGAUCAUUUGAAUAUAUUCGAAUAAUUUAGAUAUUUGUCAAAUACAUUCAGAUAUGGAUCUGGAGGAUCUUCAGUUUGUUAGACAAAAUAAUAAAGUAUCCAAUGCAAAUAAACCUGAGGGCUACUGAACUACCCGACCCAAAUCCAGCAUUACUAGUACUAGUUAUACAUUUCGUUUGGUGAAUUAUUUAUUACUGAACUUUGACGGCUUCAUGAUUUAAUCAAUCCAGCAAUAACCGAAACUUAACCGAACAAAACAAAGAGGGGAUGGAUGAGAAGAUUGGUCUUACAUACAGAACACAUGUAUAACAACGUCCAGAGUCAGAGACCAAAGUUAAAAAAACUGCAUCAAAACCACUAGAAUUGCUAAAGUGACGAUCACUUCCACAAGAAAAUGUGUUUGUUUCCAAAAGAAGACGUAAAAACAAUGGAAGUGUAAACACAACAUCAGAAGAUAUACCUUGCAAGAACAUAAGCCAACGGUAAUGGCGCUAACUUCGUCAGAACAAUAUG